CAGAAAACUGCAAUUUUCCCAACACGAAAACGACUGGCUCGAAAAACAACUCGGAAAACCUCCAAGCCGGCACGCGUUAACGGCAACCGUAGCCGGUGAACAUAGCCGUCUGUUAUACGUCACAGAUGUGACAACGAGAGUUCGCUACCUCGUCGACACUGGUGCAGAAGUUAGCGUUCUUCCAGCAAAUCCUAACGACCGACUUCACGAAUCGGCUUUAAACUUACAGGCGGCAAACGGAAAACCGAUCGCUACGUUUGGCAAAAGAUCGAGACAUCCCAGAGGACAUAGCAGGCGAGUAGAAAAGCUAAGAAAGAACAAAAUACCCGUGGCGUACAGGUUUUCACACCAAGUCAUCAAUACUUCGAAUCUGUUAUCUAAAGCAUUGAUGUCCGCACCUUCAAUUGACUCAUUCAAAUGAAGACUGUACAUUCAUAAAAGCACACUAGAAGGAAGAAUAACAUAGGCCGUAAGCCUUCUGUCCUUGCUACACAAAUCUGAAUUUGAAUUAUUUGACUGAGCGCCUCAUAUUUUAGCGUUCAAGGUCGUUGGAACAAAACGGCGAGUGCUUUCAGUGAACCUGACAAUACUGACAUACUUACUUAGUAUGCGUAUCCUACAAAAAUAAUUAUUAACCAGAGAAGUCAUAUUAGCUUAAGUACUUCCUUCAAAUAGGUCUCAAAAUUGUCUCAACUUGUGAAUCGACGAAAUAACAUAAUAUCAUUGAAGAUUGGUCCGACGUCAUGCAUCAUCACGAUGGUAUCUUCUUCGUUACUUGAAGGAUGGACGUUAUCACACAUAGUGCGUCUGAACUCAAUCCAAAUCUAAAAAUGUAUUGAUCUGACCGCUUCUGAAAAACAUCACGAAUUGUCGAUGUGACGCAUCAAUCAUCUUGCGACAGUUAUAUUAUUAGUGCGCGCUACGUAAAAAGGACAUUGGUAUUUUUCGUCGCUGACAUAUGACAGAAGAAGAAUACCAAGAGAGAAAUAAACGUCUAUGGUCUAUGUGGUUACAAGCAUACGAAGUACGUUUAAAAAUAGAUUUCGAAGGGAAUCAUGAUAAUACCAAAACACAAUUCUCUGAACGUUUAAAUUUAAUGCAGUCUGUAAAUCCUCGAGUAGUUCUACGUAAUUAUCUUGCCGAAGAAGCUAUUAAAUCAGCUGAUAAAGGAGAUUAUACAGUUGCACAACAAUUAUUCAACUCAUUGACCACACCUUUUAAAAAUCCUGAUAUGUCUUUGAAUAACGAGUCUUUUCAUCUUGUAUCCCGGAUUAAAUAUCGUCCUCCUGAUUGGUCUCGUAAACUACGUGUUUCUUGUUCAUCUUAACAUCUAUCCGUAGUGUAUUAUAAUAUCUUGCUUCAAUAUACG